AUAGUUCCUUCGUGAACGAGAAAAAUCGGAGAAAUUAGCAAUAGACUGAGUUUGCCUGUCACUAGAGGAGGAUUCCAGGAUGAAAUUAUACGCAUUAAGUGUUGUUCGUAAAGAUAUUAAGUCAAAAACAUUAGUUUCAGCAUACGAUCUUCAAUCCUUUGGAUAUUUUCAGCGUUCAAGUGUGAAAGAAUUUAUGCAGUUUACUGGCCAAAUACUUGUGGAAAGAACAAGAACUAACGAGAGAGCCUCGGUGAAAGAAAAUGAGUACAUUUGUCACGUCUUUGUGAGAUCAGAUUCUCUUGGAGGAGUUAUUAUUUCUGACAAUGAAUAUCCACAAAGAGUUGUUUUUACCUUGUUAAAUAAAGUUUUAGAAGACUUUUCUCAGAAAAUAUCCCCAUCAGUUUGGAAAACAGCUGAACCAAAUACAAUAGUCUGGCCAGAAUGUGAGAAAUAUCUGCAAGAUUAUCAGAAUCCAAGAGAAGCUGAUGCUAUGACUAAAGUACAGGCAGAACUGGAUGAAACAAAGAUAGUUUUACACAACACAAUUGAAGCUGUGCUAGAGAGAGGAGAGAAACUUGAUGAUCUUGUAGAAAAAUCUGAAGGACUAACCAUGCAGUCAAAAGCCUUCUACAAAACAGCAAAGAAGACAAAUUCAUGUUGCAGUAUACAAUGAAUAACAACAAGGAAUUGUCACAGAGGAUUAUUAUUUUUGUACAUAGAUAGUGUUCUAGGACUUCUGGGACUGAACAGAAAUUGUUUCAAGGGAGAAAUGUGUAGCUAUUAAUUGAAAACCUUCACUAGAGUUUAGGUCAUCAGAAACUCAGCAAAGCAUUGACCAUGUGAUUACCUCACUCCUCCUUCCCCCUCACCUCCACCCUCUUGACAAACAGUAAGGCAAUUAUCAUUUAAAGAAAAACAAUACAGACUUGAAAGAAAUGUGUAUAUUUCAGCCGUGCUAUAUGCAAUACCACAACUUAUUUUGUAAAUCUCAGUGUUUCCAAAAGUAAUAAUGGGAUAAUGGAAGGAUAAAUAAAGUUCAAGUUGUUAUGUACAACUAAAGUAUGAGCACAACCAUGUCCAAGUUAGUUGAUCGUACCUCACUCUGUACUCAGAGGCAAAAAAAAAAAAAAUGCAAUUUAAGUUUGUUCAGUUGCAUAGCUUUGCUUAACAUUGCAGCAUGAAACAAGAAGAAGCAGUCAUUUCAAAAACAUUUAUUGACAUUGUAUUAUCAAGUACAGAGUAUUAUGGCCUUACAAAAUUAAUAUCACAGGACAUAAAGGAAUAAAUUGGCACCAAAAGUUUGACAUAAUAUCAUGAAUGGAUACUCCACAUCCCUCCACAAUCAUAGAAAGAUAGAUGGCCAUCUAAAACAGUGGAACUGAAACAGAAAGUAACCACAAAAGCAUUCAUUUUAAACCACAAAAAAAAAAUAAUAAUCAACACUGUACUCACUCUUGUAACUUCUUCUGAAGCUUAGGUUUGACCUUGAAAUUCUUAAAAAAGUCAUUCUGAAAAAUAACUAAUACUUCUGUACCUAUCCAUCAAAUAGCCCCCCUGGGGCAGGUGCCCUAAACACUAUCAGAUAAGCCACAUAUUGAACACAAAUUUGGAAAAAGGUUUUGGAAAAGAAAUCACAAGUGUAGUCUUGGGAAAGUUGAUUUAUAUUGGUUGCUUCAUUAAACAUAAGAGAGAGUAAACUA